AUGCCACCAAAAGAGUACUCCCCACGAAAGAAGCUAAAGGCAAAUGAUAGGCUACAAGUAAAGAAAGAUACUGGAGCUAUAGCAUCAACGAGUGAAGAUGUCUCUGCAACAGCAAGAGAUAAAGAUCUUCGGCAGGAACAUGAGAAGACAGCUUUACUUCGGCUGGCAGACCAGUUUUUUGCCUUACAAGGGCGUUCACUAGAACAAGUCGCUUAUGACGAAGCUAGAGCUAUAGAACGUCGUCAACACGCCAUAACAGUACCAUUAGAGCCUUCCUUCGCCCAGGUCCCAUCGCCAAUAAAGAUGCAGUUAGAUGUAACUUAUCUUCAUAAACAUUCGUUUGCAGCGAGCUCAGCAUCGCCCUCUACGUUACGACAGGAGCUUGCCGAUGCAGAAAUAGCAAUCCAUCAGAAACGGCCUGGACAGCUAGUUGGCACCGAAACUCCAAGCUUCCCCCUCUUCCAGAAUGCAGCGCUUGAGGGUAUCCUUCCUCAUGAAGCACGGCCAUUCACCCUCGUUACUAUUGAAGGAUUUGAUGUAAAUGUUCGGGUAAGGGACAUUCCUGAUCCUCCAAACAUUGUUUAUUGUAAGAACUAUCAGGACUUAUCUCAGGACUGGACAAGCGAUGUUGGGCCUGGGACAAUCAUCAUAAACGAAACAAAGAUCCCAUUAUGCGGUUGGGAUAAGGUGUAUAAGAAGCACCGGCCACAGGUUUGGGAACAGUGGAAAGGUCGUUGGCGGAGCUGGCGGGAAUUAGUCGUACUAUACGAAGGAAACCAGUAUAGCUGGGAUGUAGUCGCAGAGAAGUAUGGGCAGCUUACCCAAGGGGGUUGGAGUAUCCCAAAUGUUACCUACCUUAAUAAGAGGAUUGGUGAAGAGAAGAGGGUUCGGAACGCUACAGACGAAGCAGCAGCGCGGGCCUUCGCUCCAGGCGAUACAUUUGUAGAACACUUCUCAAAUGAUCGUGGCUCUAAGGUGGUUCCAAUGGUAAAGAUUGACCAAAUCGCAUAUGCAUGGCGAAGACUCAAUAACACCGUAGCAUGGUGGAAUAACCUUGAUAGCUAUGUAUUUAAAUCCUAUUUAGAUGUGGUUGUACAUUAUGAUUAA